AUGUUUAGACAAGUAAAGAGAAAAACAGCUGGUAGAAGAAAUUUUGAGGACAAAAAGUUCCCAACUUCAGCUGAAUAUACCCUACCGAAGUUGUAUUCAUCGAGAUUGUCAUUCUACGAUUUACCCCCAAAUCAAGAGAUUACAUUGGAAGAGUUUGAAAAAUGGGCUAUUGAUAGGUUAAAGAUUCUUAUUGAAAUUGAGUCAUGUGUCGCUAGAUCGUCAUCUCAGAAGGAUGUUGAGCUUGCUUUAAAGCCACUUUUGCUCAAGUAUAUGCCAUUGAGUCCCAAUGGAGAUGAAAAAACAAUGAUCCAGGAACGUAUGAAGGAUUACUUUAGUCAUUUUAUUCUUCGUUUGGUUUUCUGUCGAACAGAAGAGUUGAGGAAAAAGUUUAUCAAGAAUGAAACCAUAUUGUUUAGGAUUCGGUACAAUUCAAUGCAACCUAAAGAGCAACAAGAAUUUAUAGAAUUGAAUCUGUACAAGUUGUCAUGGUCUUACAUUUCCAGAGAAGAGAAGCUGGAGUUGAUUGAUAAACUUUUUGCUGCUAGUUGCUCCAUGUUGAAGCAGCAAUACACUUCCGAAGGUGAUACAAAUAUAACCAAUGAUCAUAUAAAACAAAUCAUGGUUAGUAAGGAGAACUUUAUAAAGUUACCCUUUGAGAAACUUAGUUCAUUGGUAUCGGCUAGAUCUGUUUAUUUGCAAGGUGGGUACGCCUAUUUACCAACAAGCUUGCAAAUGAACUUGUUAGCUACCGAAUUUCAAGAAAACUUGAAUGACAUUUUAAUUAAAACGUUCCAAGCGAUUCCAAGAUUAGAGGAAGACGACAGACUUUUACCUUUGCUUAAUCACUUGUCACGCAACUUUUCCAACUUCCAAUACGAGACUGACAUCAAUAGUGAACUCGCAUCUGACAUUAAUGCAUUGUCCAUUACUUCGAAACAAAUCAUGUCCCAUUACCCUCUUUGUGCCACCCACUUGCAACGUAAUUUAAUGGCCACAUCACAUUUGAAAUAUCUUGGACGUCAACAAUUGGGAAUCUUUUUAAAGGGAAUUGGCUUAAACGUUGACGAGGCUGUCAAAUUCUGGGCUCAACAAUUUACCAAAAAUGGAAACAUGACACAAGAAACAUUUAACAAGAACUACAAGUAUAAUGUUCGACACCAGUAUGGUCUUGAAGGUGCAAGAAUCAAUUAUAAGCCCUGGGAUUGUGCCACCAUUUUAAGCAAACCUAAACCAGGUCCCAAAGAAUAUCAUGGUUGUCCAUAUCGUGACUUUUCCGAAUCGCAACUUAAAACCAGUCUAGACGAAAUGGGGAUCAAGAACCAACAAGAUAUGAAUUCUAUCAUGGAUAAUGUCAAUAACCAUGAUUAUACUAUUGCCUGCACCAAAGUUUUUGAAUUGACUCACCAAAAGGAAAUCAUGAAUGCGGCGAAAGUACAGGGUCACCCACCACAAUUGGAACAUAUCAACCAUCCUAAUUUGUACUUUGACAGGAGCAGACAGUUGGAGAGAUCCGAAUUGAAAAAGGAUGACGCAAAGGAAGAUUAG